AUGGGGGAGGUUCACGGGCUGUAUUACGGCAUCGCGGCCCCAUUCAAGGCUAUUUCUCGCCACAAUCGCCGACACGGACGUCAAAUGCAAAACUGUUACGAGAAGGCCCUCAAAUGUGGAUUCAUUCCCACGCCCUCUUCUCCCCAACGACAAGUGGUUGCACCGGUUUUAGAAGACGAGGAAGCUUCUGUCGAUAGUGCGUUGGAGCGCCACUUGUGUGACAUUGUUGGUUGGCAACAGGCAGGACGUUUAUUGGCUGAUGUAAGGCGCGGGCGACCCACAGCAUCGUCCAGUAUCAUUAACGAGGGUGGUGGGUACAGAACUCUAACUUUUGGCAGACGAUUCCCCGGGGCUGCCACCGAAUCUUUAGCUGCCAGCUCGGAUCAUUCGUCAUCAUUUUGUGAUUCCCGCCCGAGAAUGAAUAAACGUGGUCUGCCCUCGGGAAUGCACUACGACCACGAGGAGUUCCUGAAAUUUGUAAAAACCCCUCCCGAGGAGCUGGAGAAAAUGCGCGAGGACGAGCUCUCGAAGCUCGCGCCCGUCGACAACGAAUUGAAGUCCCUGAUCAAGUCCGUUGAUGCUCAAAUCCAAGGUAUUUUCGAGGGCUUGGAGAAAUUUUACCCCGAGGGUGGAUUCCCAAAUGUUUCCUACCGCUGGACGAGGCUGGAACUGGCGCUCUUCGUCUCGGCCCUCUCCAAGCAUGGCGACGACUUCGCUGCGAUCGCGCAAACGCUGGGCACAAAGUCAGAGAGCUUUCUGCGCGACUUCUACAAUCAGUACAGGAGUAGAUUUGAUCUGGACACAUUCAUUGGGGUGGCCUCGAAAACAGCCACCCUCGGACGCCACGGCGAAGUGAUGGUGGCCGCGUCAGUGUGCUGCGAUCCGUCCCCUUCCAGGAGACACGACAACCCCCAUCGAUGUGUCGGUGUGGUUGGAAUGCGAUCCGAACUAGGCCCGCUCACUGACACCCUGAUGUGA